GCCAUUUUUUAUUUUCCUUUUAAAAUUUGCAUGAAGAACGCCCUGUUCUUUGCAUCCCACGCUUUGUCUUCUGCUUAAUCCUUACUCAAAGCCCACAAAAAGAAAAAAUAAAUCAAAAUUUCAAGUUUGGCCUCCAACACUUUGCGCCAGAUUUGGUGGGGUGGGGUGAGAUCCAGCGGACUCAAAAGGGUUCGCAGUUUGUUGAUUAAUCGCAUCAAAUCCAAUUAGACGAACGCAUUGAAUCUUUCGCUGUUAUUGACGAAGGUUGGGUGGUGACAAACACUUGUCCACUUUCGAUUUAAUCUAUGUUUGGAAAUCCAGUGGCAGUUCCUGCCAAUAGUCCACAUUUAAGGAAGUCUGGAAGCAGACCUGUAGUAUCUGAUUUGGAAUAUUUGUCUGGUACUGAGACGGGAAAUGGUGUUGACGAAACAUUGUUGCAUUCAAUGGAGGUAGAUGAUUUGAAGAGUACCAUAUUAACAUUGAAUCCUACAGCCAUAGUGCCAUCUCCUGUUUUGUUAUGGAGAUUCAAGGUUUUCUUGUUCAUAUUCUGGGGUAUGUUUUGUUGCAAGAUUGGCUGGGAUUCUGUUAUGAGAAUGAGUGCAGACCUGCGAGAUCUAUUUCUCUAUGAGGCAUUUCUGUAUUAUAAUCCUCUUCUUCUGGUGACUAUGAUGGUUUGGCUAUGGGGAAUUAACUUAUGGGUUUUUUCCCAGUCUAACGUUAAUUAUGCAAAGAUAUUUGAGCUUGAUCAAAGUCAUCUUACACACCGAGAAAUUUGGAAGUGUGCCACAUGGAUGACUAUUGUUGUCCCAACUAGCAUGACAGCCUACCUCUAUCUUUAUUCUCAUGGAGAAGUAUCACUAGCUGCGUCACAACCAGUUCUCUUAUAUAUUGCUGUGGCGAUGAUUUUGAUUUUCCCUUUUGAAAUAUUUUAUUUGUCAUCUCGAUUUUUCAUAUUAAGGACACUUUGGCGAAUAGUUCUCCCACUGCAGGCAAUUACAUUUGCCGACUUUUUCUUGGCUGAUAUUCUGACGUCAAUGUCAAAGGUGUUUUCUGAUUUGGAAAGAUCAGUGUGUCGAAUGAUUCAUCGACAGGUUGCCACCAUUGCCUGGUUUGAGGCUGAUUCUGUUUGUGGAAGUCACUCUGUUGCAAUUCCYGUGGUUCUUGUUUUGCCUUAUCUUUUUCGUUUGUUCCAAUGUCUUCGACAAUACAAGGAUACAGGGGAAAAAACAACACUUUUGAAUGCUUUAAAAUAUUCGACGGCAGUACCGGUGAUUUUUCUUUCUGCCCUUAAAUACCACAUCUUCCCUGAUAGGUGGACCGGCUUUUAUCGGCCCCUUUGGCUGCUGUCUAGUGUUCUAAACUCUUCAUAUUCAUUUUACUGGGAUGUGAAACGAGAUUGGGACUUGAGCACCUUCACUCGGAUUUUCAAAUUCAACCGACCCCACUUUGUCUCGCAUCUCUUUUAUGGGCAGAAAUGGGUCUACUUUUGGGUGCUCGGAAGUAAUCUGAUACUUCGGUGUACAUGGACGUAUAAGUUGUCUGCUCAUCUCCGCCACAAUUAUCUUACAGUGUUCACAAUCACCGCCUUGGAGAUUUUCCGACGAUUCCAAUGGAUCUUCUUCCGAGUCGAGAACGAGUGGAACAAGAUGAACUCGAAGUCGGGCAUACAAAUCACAAUGAGUAAUCUCCCAACUGAAGAAGACAAAUUACUCAUCUCCAGCAACCAUAGUGUUUAAAAAGUUUGGUUGGGAAUUGAUUCUUGAAUUAUUAUUGAGGGCAUAAUCAUUUUCUGGAGAAAGGUUUGUGUUUUGAAUAAUUUGUUUCAUUAAUCUGAGGAUGGUCUCUUUCUUCACGGAUGGAUGAGCCUUUUUUUUUAGUUUUUUUUUAAAAAGUCUGAAUGCUUUAUGAGGCAAAUCCUUUAAUCAUUUUUGAAGAGAUGAAUGUGUUAAA